ACGAACACUUCCGCUUUCAAUCUCUCUACAAUGAACACAUUUCUAUCCAGAUUGAAUACAAUAUUUGCCUUCACGCUAAGCGUGAUGGCAGCAUUAACGUUUUGCUGUUUUCUUACAACAGCAUUUAACUCACACAAAACAUCUGUCUACCUUGGUACAGGAAAGGCGAUAGUAAAAAAUGUUCCUGACUACAGUGCAAACAGAGAGAAGAGUGAUCUAGGUUUUGUUGUGUUUGACAUGACAACUGAUUUAACAAAAAUAUUUAACUGGAAUGUUAAGCAACUAUUUUUAUACCUGACAGCAGAAUAUGAAACACAGGAGCAUAAAUUAAACCAGGUUGUAAUUUGGGACAAAAUUAUCAGAAGGGGAGAAAACUCCAUGCUGGAUUACAGAAGCAUCAAUACAAAAUAUUAUUUCUGGGACUAUGGGAAUGGACUGAGGGGUAAUAAGAAUAUUACUUUGACUUUGUCCUGGAACGUCAUUCCCAAUGCUGGCACACUACCCAAAGUGAUGGGAGAUGGCUCACACAAGUUUAAGUUUCCAGAUGAGUACAGUCCAAAUCGAUUCUAGUCAGAUACAAAAGUGGGGGAGAUCACAAGGCAGCACUAGACAGAUCUGUGUGGAGGCUGGUCUGUUUCCUUGUUACAUGUAAAUGAAGUGCUUUUUCUUGUAGGCAAUUUUGUAAAGUUAAAAACAUCAAUAUAUUUGUUGCAUGUAAAUGAAGUGCUUUUUUUUUUUUAAAUAAAAAACUCCAAUUGAAAAAAUUUUGGUAUUUCAAAGAAAACUUUGAAUAAUUAUUUGUAUGUUUUUAGUGACUUUUCCUGAGAAUAUUAUGGAAUUUUAAGUGUAUGAAAUCUUUGUAUUUUGUCUGUGAAGCUGUUCAUUAGGUGAUGGUAUUGUACAAUGACUUAUGUACAGGAUGUUGUAAUUUUUGGGAAUGUAUAUGAGUAAAUGACUGUUCAAAAGGGGAUGAGAAUUUUUUUUUGAGAGAGAGAGUUAUAAGCCUGAAACAAUCUGAUUUAUGUAUGUGAAAAGAUUGAAUGUGUAGACCUGUAUUGUGUUCAUUAUAUGAGUAACAUCAAAGUUUCAAUGAUAGAAAGAUCAAUCAAUAUAUAUGAAUAUUGAAUUGAGAAUUUGAAUUAAAAAAAAUGAUUCACACAUUAUGACAUAAUGAUUAAAGUGCAGGUAUUCAACUUUAAUUCAGCUUCAUAAAGGAUAUAUAUCUGAGAAUAAGCAUCAGAUACUUAUUUUGUUUUGAGAUUGUUCUCUCAUUAUAUACUGUGUCUGAAAAGAAUAUGUCCAUUUCUCACUUCAAAGUAGGUAUGUGUACAGGCCCCAAAGUUAUUAGUUCUUGGAUUGACAAAUUGUGUAUGAAAUAAAUCAGUUCAGGAUUCAUUUGAACUGUAUCUUAUAA